AUGUUUAAACACGUGAUAAUAUCUAUAUCGAUCGUGAUAGCCCUAGCAGUGUUACCAGGAACCUUUGCAGCAGUGACAUACAACAUCACCAACACAGCUCCAGAAACCUUGGGUGGGAUAAGGUAUGAGAACCAAAUUGGGUUCAAGUACACUAAACACGCCUUAAAGUCAUCGACUUUAUUCAUAUGGAAGACUUUCCAACAAAGAGACAAGGCUGAGAGGGCUAACGUGACACUUGUCAACUUAUUCAUGGAUGACAUGGAUGGUGUUGCGUAUUGUGAAGAUAACGAAAUCCACUUCAGCACAAAGUAUAUUGCAGAUUACCAGGGUGAUCUUAAAAGGGAAUUUAGUGGUGUGAUUUUUCAUGAAAUGACACAUGUGUGGCAGUGGUCCGGGAAUGGAAUGACCCCUUCAGGAUUGAUUGAAGGCAUUGCUGAUUAUGUGAGGCUAAAGGCUGGGUACAUACCUAGUCAUUGGGUUCAGGCAGGGCAAGGCGACAAAUGGGAUGCUGGGUAUGAUGUAACGGCUAGGUUUCUUGACUAUUGUGAAGGUCUCAGAUACGGGUUUGUGGCUGAACUUAAUAAGAAGAUGCGGUAUGGUUAUUAUCCUGAAUAUUUUGUUGACUUGGUUGGGAAGACUGUUGAUCAGCUGUGGAGUGAGUACAAGGCUGCAUAUCAAACCUGGACAUAA